GUUCCUUCCGUCGCAAAUGUGCUGUGUCCCUCUUCAUCCUCCUCCUUUCUCAGUCACAUACACGGGAGCUGUCCACGCCGGCCUUCCCCCCUACCACCACAUAAAUCCGCGCCUACUCCGCACCAUCUUCUCUGCUCACCACGCGCCUCCAAGGGCCUCGCCUCGCCCGCCCGCCGGUCCAGGAUGGGCGCACGGAUUUAGCUGAUCCCGUCGCUGCUCGCGCCCGAUCUCGCGGCGCCCCGCCCCAUCAGCUCCGCGAGAUGAUCUGAGCCCCGCGAUCUGGUGGAGAAAUGGAGCCGCCGCCGGAUCUGAACACCCACCUGCCGCCGCGGAAGCGCCUGCUCGCCGGGCUCAGGACGGCAGCCACCGCCGCCGAGCCGCUACCGCCGCCGCCCGCCCACGCCGACCUCGCCGCCCGCCUCCGCGAGAUGGCGCUCGCCGCCAACGCGUCGGCGUCCUCGCCCGAGGAGACGAUCGAGGCGGCGAGGGCGGCCGCGCAGGCCGCCGCGGACGCCGCCGUUGCUGCGCGCGCCGUGGCCGCCGAGAAGGCCGCCGUCGCCGCGAAGGCUAGGGCGGCCGCGCGCGCCGCCAUGGAGUUCAUCGACUCCUUCUCUACCAGGGCCGGCGCGUCCAGGAACGGGAGCGGCCUCCAGUUCAAGAUCAGGUCUAGGAAGAAGCAUGUCCAGGUCAAGAUGCUGUACAGGCCCAAUGGAACCCUAGGGCCAGCGGAGGCUCCCAAGCCUAGGAGACGCAAGCAGUCGGAUGAAGAGGUCCCGCACAAUUUGCACCGCCUCAUGAAUAGCUCGCCGAGGAUCUCUCACGCUGGACUGCCCAAGAGGCCUCGCACGACCGCUGCUGGGGAUGCCAAAAAUGGAGCUGUAGCACCCGGUGGAGGUAACGGCGCUGGUGUUUGUAACGGUUCUUCAGUUCAGGUGCCGACGGAGGCUGGCGGUUGGUUGGGUAAUGGAUGCUCUGAGGCGAAAUCUCAUGAGAGAACCGUUCCAUUGCUCAACCACGAGGUCUCUGGUGAAGACUCAUCCAGGCACGCCGCGAAGAGUAGCGGCGGCAUUGCUGACAACGGAGUCGGGGUUGGGAACUCGAGUGCUGGUCAGAAAGUGAAGGUCAAGAGGAAGGAGCUGCUCCUGAAUCAAAAUACCGGUAAAGAAAGAGAAGAACCAGAAGAGGCCACACAAACAGAGCCCUUUGUACGUUCUAUCACGCUCGAUGAAUCGAAACCAAACUCAAAAGGAAAAGGAAGGUCAAACCCAAAUGGGAAUGGAACAGAAAGGCUUGCAGGCCCUGCAGAUACGAAGGGCCGUGGCGAAGGCGUGACGCCACCGAAGAUAACUUCCGUAUGGAAGAUCAAGAAGCUGAAGACAUCUCACUGCUCUUCCGACAGCAAGGUGCUGCACAAGGUCUGCGUGCCGCCUCCUACGGCGGCUGAGACCUCUGCUUCGGUGAAAGCUGAUUAGCGAGGCACCAUAGCGUAUAGUUCGGCGGAUGCAUGUCUUAGCUACGCUUGUUGUGAGGUUUUUGUAUGUUCAAGUUGCUACUCGGACGAGGAGGGAAAGCGGAGGUAAAUCUCUCUUGGUAGAUCUCACGUUUGCUUUGAUUUUUCAUACGAAUGUGCUUGUUUUAUGGUAUAUAGAUUAUUGGGUAUUUCUACUGUACUGUUUCUGCCCCUGCUUCCAUUUGAUGUCACUAGUGGUAGGGAGUGUGGCAUAAUCAUGUAGAUGUACCUGCUAUGCAUACAUCGUUUUAAUAAAUGGCACCAUUGCUCUCAGAUACUA